AUAAGUAAUGUUGCUUAUCGUCGACGUUGCGAGGGACGCGACAGUAUCCAAGGGCAGACCACGGGAAGAAUGUGAUCAUAUUGACCGAAUCGGAAUGAAUAAUGAAAAGUUUUAAGUCAGUGAGCGUUACGCUCCAUGAAAACAACUGCACCGGCAGUUAGUGCACAGGCGUCUGGCCAACUGUUGUUUUUUUGUGCUUGUGGAUAAAUGUUCUUUUCCAUUUAAUAUCUGGAUUGUCUUUCGCCGACACCUUUCUGAUUCCGGGCGGAUACAGCGUCUUAUCCUGGAACAAGGUUCACACCGAAUCUUUGCUGUUCUUUCUCUGAUGCCAUAAGUGGCACCAAGAUCGUCCACGGCCAAUGGUGUGAGUAGGUUCUGCUACCAUCAUGGGUUGUGGAUCCUCAAAGGAUGGAACAGCUGAUAGUCCAAAGAAGACGGCGAGUAAAAGGAAGAGUAAUGCUAAGGCUGAACAGGUGGAAGUAGACGUAGGUGACAGCAAGACAAACUCAAACAGGAACUCUCCGGAACGGCAGAGGGCGACCCCGUCACCGACUAAGUCCUCUCCACGCAAGGAGCAACAGUCCCCGGACUAUGAUGCUUCAUACGCUGGAACCCAGAGCUCCGCUCUAGAGUCUCCCUAUGACAAACACGGGGAUGUGAACGGGAGGGCCGGAAAGUCGAAAUACGGGGACAAAGAUGAGUCGUCUUUUCAAGAAGCCAAUGACAAAGGUUAUAAGAGAAGAGUCCGGGAGAAACUGAAGACAUCGACAGGAGGAGGUGACAUAGAGGACCUGGAGAAGAUGAUAGCUUUAUUUGAGAGAUCCAGACUUGAGGACUGUGGAGACCUGACACGUGCCAAAGAGAGGCUCAGAUAUCUCAAACUGAAGAGAGAUUUACGUGACUCAAUGCGACGUCGUCACGUCGGCGUGCUAAACCGGACAAUAGCUGACGUGCAAGCUUCUCCUUACGCCUACCAGCUCCACAAUCAGCUGGAGAAGGCCGAGAAGCUGCGCGACCACCUGAAGGAACUGAACACGUACAACCAUGACAUCCUCCAGAUGGAACAGACAACCAUAUCGGAGUUACGGAGCUAUCAACGACCUCCCACCAGUGUCCAUGACGUCAUGGCGGCAACAUACAUGCUACUAGGCCACGACGAGGAUCGACUGACGGAAUGGGCCGACAUACAGUGCCAGAUGGGCAGGCUUGGUAAAGACAGUCUGGUGAGACAGGUGGAGACAUUUGACACCAACGACGUCGACGACCAGACAGCCGGCAGAGUGAAAGAAAUCCUUGGAUACCACGACCUCGACCAAGUGAGGGCGGCAAGCAAUGGCGCGGCCAGUUUCCAUGUCUGGUCUAGCCAGAUGGUGGAGAAGAUCGACAAGGACCAGCAGACAGAGGAAGACAGGAGAAGACAGGAGGAAGAGAAACAGUCUGUAGCUAGCAGCAAAGGCAGAAAAAAGAAAGGAUAAUAAAUUGAGGCAUGUACAGUGCACUAGCUUCCAUAUCAGCCAAAGACUCUACUUUCCAGUCCGACCGCCUUGGUCAGACUUUCUACUUGUGUUCCUCAAUCAAAAGGAUAGAACGAAGUCGUCAUUGCAGCAGUGGGCGGACUGUUACUACACAAAUACCACAGCAAUAACCAAUUGUAAAACACAAACGAUUAUGUAGUUCUGCCUCUAUUGAAAGACGCCGUGAUAUAAGUCAAUGACGGAUAUAAAAAAUAUAAUAUUUAACUGUUUCGAUACACAUGUCACGUUUAACGAAUACAUUAGUUAGACAAAUAAUAUAAUAUGGUUAACGGGGCAUUAGGGUUUUAUUGACAAUGUCAGUCAAAUAGUGCUCUAAAAUCCUCCUUACCUAAGGGAGGGGCACGGUUGUUACUUGGGGAAAUUGUUUGCUAAUAAGGGUAAUAUUUUAUAAAUUCAAUAUUUUAAAUAAAGUCAGUGCGACUUGAUACUAAACAAUAAUAUUGCAUUUAAAUACAUUUUUUCAAAAUAUUGUGAAGCUGACGAGCGGUGUCAGAUCUUUCUGAGUUGUGUGCAUCAGUGCUACAUGAAUUAUCUCCCCUACUUCACAUGGACGACGCAUGACAAUGAACCGGACUUUGAUGCGUGCACAUGAUGACUGCAACCUGGUUCCCAGUGUAGCGCCAGCGCAGCAUACCCAGGGAACCAGGCUGAUGAUGACAGUUGAAAUACGGACGUAUUGAAAUGCAAUGCACAAACUGGCAUAAAUGUACACACGACUAUAAGCCUAUCAUCUACUUUUAGUUAGGCACUCUCAUGGCAUAGUUUGGAAUUACGUGAAGUGUGAUAUCACUAUUCCCCCAAAUGGGAUGUGGACGAAUUUGUUUCUUUUUUUUUAUUGUACAGUAUGUGAUUUUUAUGUGCCAAUAUAUCUGUGAUAUUGUAUACUACUCACAAGAAGUUAAAGAAUACCGGAUUCUUUGACCUUUGUAUAGUUGAUCUGUCAUGUCAUGACAGAGUAACUAUAGUAACAUAAAAGAAUCGGGUGUUCUUUAACUUCGUUGAGCAGUAUAUAUCAAUCUUUACAUAUUCUCAUAUAUAACCACGUGUGUUUUAGAAAUACACAACAAACAUGUUUAUGUAGAGCAUUCCUUCAGCAAAUGACCCUACUACUACAUACAUAUGAAACAAGAAAUGUUGAUAUUUAUUUUUCUGCUGCUGUAGAUAUCGUCAAAUAAAGGUCAUUUAUAUA